CAGGAGGAGCGCGGGGCCGCCGGGGACGCGGAGCGGGCGGCGGCGGCGGCGGCGGCGGCGGCAGCGGGGAAUCUCCGGCCCCGCCGUGUGGGGGGUGUGUGAGGGCAGCCUCGGAGGGAAUUGGAGAGCUGUACUUGAGACUCCGUGGACCUUUCGGUGAUCACGCCGCUGCCCCGUGCAACGUACAGCUAAGAGCGGUCCCCAGGUUUCUGUGGAAACCCCCCACCUCGGUAAGGGCCGAGGGGCAAGAGGAGGAGGAAGAAGAGAGUCGCACGGAGCUUCCAGCUGACCUGCAUCAGAGUCCUCCGACCGCAGCCAAAGAAAAUAAACCUUAGGGAGGAGGAGGUGAAGACCAGCGGUCAGCUGUCCCGGGAGUCCAGCCCCGGGGGCGGAGCCCGCAAGGGGGAGGAGCGGACGUGAGCGAGGAAGGCGGAGGAAGUGACUGAAUGUGGACUGCGAAGCCGGGCGGGCGUCACGUGCGGGGCCCGGGCCGGGCCGGACCGGGCUAGAGACGGCGGUCGGGCCCCCGGGGGGACGAGCGGAAAGCCAGCGACCGUGGCCUGGGGCCUGCCCCCGGCCCCCGCGGGUGGGUGUGGUCGGACCUCGGGUCCGGCCGGGCCCCGCCGGCGACCCGCCGCCGCCGCCGCCGCCCGGGGCGGCGGAGGGGCGGCCCGGGUUCGGGACCUCUUCCGGAAAGCAGAGAGUCGACAGCCUGGCCCUUCAGCAAUGCUUUCGUUGAAGAAAUACUUAACGGAAGGACUGAUCCAGUUCACCAUUCUGCUGAGCCUGAUCGGGGUGCGGGUGGACGUGGACACCUACCUGAGCUCGCAGCUGCCCCCGCUGCGGGAGAUCAUCCUGGGACCCAGCUCGGCCUACACCCAGACGCAGUUCCACAACCUGCGCAACACCUUGGACGGCUAUGGGAUCCACCCCAAGAGCGUAGACCUGGACUAUUACUUCACGGCCCGCCGGCUCCUCAACCGGGUGAGGGCCCUGGACAGGUUUCAGGUGCCCAGCACUGAGCUGAAUGCCUGGCUGGUCCACCGGGACGCCGAGGGCUCCGUCUCGGGCCCCCAGCCCAGCGCCGGCCUGGUCCUCGAGGGCGCCAACGGCCUCCAGGAUGUGACGGGCCCGGAUGGCGGCGGGCGCGAGAGCGAGGCGGAGCCGGGCUUCGGGGAGGCGCUGGAGGACCUCGGGGCCGUGGCCCCCGCCGGAAACGGAGAUCUGACCAAGGAGGACAUCGAUUUGAUUGACAUUCUGUGGAGGCAGGAUAUCGAUCUCGGCGCUGGGCGCGAGAUUUUUGACUACGGCCACCGCCAGAAAGAGAGCGAGGCGGACAAGGAGCUGAGCGAUGGGGGAGAGCGCGGGGCCGGCUGGGCCGAGGGCAGCGAGCCCCCGGCCGGGAACCUGCUAGCGGAUGGAGAGACGGGCGAGAGCUUCCCCGCCCAGGUGCCCGGGGUGGAGGACCAGACGGCCUUAUCCCUAGAGGAGUGUCUUAGGCUGCUGCUGGAGGCCACCUUCCCCUUUGGGGAGAACGCAGAGUUUCCAGCGGCCGCCCCCUCGGACGAGACAGAAGCCGGGCCCCGCGCGAGCGAUUCCCCGGCCCUCGGCCGCCAGCUCCUGUCCCCGCUCCUGCCCGACCCCGAGCCCGAAUCCGAGUCCGCCUUGGAGCUGGAGCAGCAGUGGCAGGACCUCAUGUCCAUCAUGGAGAUGCAGGCCAUGGAGGUGAACCCCCUGGCGAGCGACGGCCUGUUCGACCCGACGGCCGGAGACCCGCUGAGCGGCGACUACGGCCUGGCCCCCGACCCGCCCAUCACCCAGAACGUCAGCCUGCAUCAGGCCUCCCUGGGGAGCUGCGCCCAGGACUGCGCCCUGUUCGGCGGCGCCGCCGAGCGCGAGAGCCCCCCGCCGGGCCCGGGCGGCGCCCCCCUGCUCCCGCUGACGCCCGGCAACGCCACCGGCCUCAACUCCACCUUCGGCGCCACCAACCUGACGGGCCUCUUCCUCCCCGCCCCGCUCAACGGCUCGGCCAACGGGACGGCCGGCCCCGAGCUGCCCGACCCGCUGGGCGGCCUCCUGGACGAGGCCAUGCUGGACGAGAUCAGCCUGAUGGACCUGGUGAUCGAGGAGGGCUUCAACCCCGUGCAGGCCUCGCGGCUCCGGGAGGAGCUGGACUCGGACUCGGGGCUCUCCCUGGACUCGAGCCACAGCCCCGCCUCCUCCAGCGGCUCCCCCUCCUCCUCGGCCUCCUCGUCCUCGUCGGCCUCCUCGUCCUCGUCGUCCUCCUCGUCCUCUUCGUCGUCCUCCUCGUCCUCUUCGUCGUCCUCGUCGUCCUCGUCCGAGGAGGGGGCCGUCGGCUACAGCUCCGACCUGGAGACGCUGGACCCGGAGGAGGCGGAAGGGGCGGUGGGCGGCUACCAGCCCGAGUACAGCAAGCUGUGCCGCAUGGACUCGCGGGACCCGGCCCCGCUGCGUUACCUGCCCUACCUGGAGCACGUGGACCACAACCACACCUACAACAUGGUGCCCGAGCCCAGCAAGGAGAAGCGGGCCGACUUCCUGGACAAGCAGAUGAGCCGGGACGAGCACCGGGCCCGGGCCAUGAAGAUCCCCUUCACCAACGACAAGAUCAUCAACCUGCCCGUGGAGGAGUUCAACGAGCUGCUGUCCAAGUACCAGCUGAGCGACGCCCAGCUGGGCCUGAUCCGCGACAUCCGCCGGCGGGGCAAGAACAAGAUGGCGGCGCAGAACUGCCGCAAGCGGAAGCUGGACACCAUCCUCAACCUGGAGCGGGACGUGGAAGACCUGCAGCGGGACAAGGCGCAGCUGCUCAGGGAGAAGGUGGAGUUCCUCAAGUCCCUGCGCCAGAUGAAGCAGAAGGUGCAGAGCCUCUACCAGGAGGUGUUCGGGCGGCUGCGGGACGAGAACGGGCAGCCUUACUCCCCCAGCCGCUACGCCCUGCAGUACGCCAGCGACGGCAGCGUCAUCCUCAUCCCCCGGGCCCUGGCCGACCAGCAGGCCCGGCGGCAGGACCGGAAACAGAAGGACAGGAGGAAGUGAGCCCGGGGCCGGGAGGGAGAAGAAGCAGCUCACCGCCGGAGGGGGAGCGGGAGGAGGAGGAGGAGGAGGAGAAG